AUGCUGACUAAAUUUGAAUCCAAGAGUAAUCGUGUAAAAGGAUUAACAUUUCAUUCAAGUCGUCCAUGGAUUCUUACAUCGUUACAUAAUGGUGUGAUUCAAUUAUGGGAUUAUCGUAUGGGUACUCUAUUAGAUCGUUUUGAUGAACAUGAUGGACCUGUACGUGGUGUUGAUUUCCAUCGUUCACAGCCUUUAUUUGUUUCUGGAGGGGAUGACUAUAAACUUAAAGUAUGGGACUAUAAACUCCGUCGUUGUUUGUUUACAUUACUUGGUCACUUGGAUUAUAUACGUACGGUACAAUUUCACCAUGAAUAUCCAUGGAUAUUAAGCUGUAGUGAUGAUCAAACGAUCCGUAUCUGGAACUGGCAAUCACGUUCAUGUGUUUCGAUCCUUACAGGUCAUAAUCACUACGUCAUGUGUGCUCGAUUUCAUCCAAAGGAUGAUUUGAUUGUUUCUGCUUCAUUGGAUCAGACCGUAAGAGUGUGGGAUAUUACAGGACUUCGCAAAAAGACUGUGCGUGGUGCUCCUACUUCCGUUGAUGAUAUGAUAGGCCCUUCUUCAUCACGCUCUAAUAAUCAUGAUAUCUUUGGAGCCAAUGACGCAAUUGUCAAGUAUGUACUGGAAGGCCAUGAUCGGGGUGUCAACUGGGCAAGUUUCCACCCGACACUUCCGCUGAUUGUCUCUGGUGCUGAUGAUCGUCAAGUGAAGCUCUGGCGAAUGAACGAGACCAAGGCAUGGGAAGUCGACACGAUGCGUGGCCAUACAAACAAUAUCUCGUGUGUACUGUUUCACCCCCGUCACGAGCUGAUUAUUUCGAACAGUGAGGACCGCUCGAUUCGAGUGUGGGAUAUCUCGAAACGCAUGGGGUUGCAGACCUUUCGUCGCGAAAAUGACCGCUUUUGGAUGCUCGCGGCUCACCCAUCGCAGAAUUUGCUGGCUGCUGGUCAUGACUCUGGUAUGAUUGUGUUUAAGCUAGAGCGUGAGCGUCCGGCGAUGGAUGUUCACGAAGGACGCGCUUAUUACACCAAAGAGCGCUACGUACGCAUGUAUUCCUUUGCUGAUGGCAACGACGUGCCUGUGGCAGCUGUGCGUCGCACAGGUACCACUGGCACAGGUAUGGGCAACUCCCCACGUCAGCUAAACUACAACCCAUACGAUCAGAAUUCGGGUACCAACAGCGUGCUGGUAAUUAGCGAUACUGACGGUGGUUCAUAUGAGCUGGUGACAUUCACACAGGGAGCAAACGGUGAUACGUCGGAGUCAAACCGUGGACCUGGACUGUUUGCCGUAUUUGUGGCCCGCAACCGCUUUGCUGUACUGGAUAAGUCACGUCACAUUGUGAUCAAGAACUUCCAGAAUGAGGUGACCAAGAAGAUUACUCCACCUAACGGCACAGCAGACGGCUUGUUUUUUGGUGGUGUGGUGGGCCGCGUGCUGCUUCAUAUCGAUGACAAGAUAGUGCUUUACGAAACCCAGAGCCGUCGUGUGCUAGCUGACGUUCAGGCUCCUCGCGUGAAGUACGUGGUCUGGAGCCCUAACUACGAGUAUGUGGCGCUAGUCAGCAAGCACUCUAUUGUGCUGGCUGAUAAGCAACUUAAUCAUUUGUGUACUAUCACGGAGUCAGUGCGUAUCAAAAGCGGUAUUUGGGCGAAUGCUCCUGCAGAGAUCUUCGUCUAUACGACGCUUAACCACAUCAAGUACUCGCUAACGAAUGGCGACGCUGGUAUUAUUCGCACGCUGGAUGUACCUGUGUACUUGACGCACCUGGAGGGAAGCAAGCUUCACUGCCUUGACCGCGAGGCAAAAAUGCGCACUAUGGCCGUUGACCUUACGGAGUGCGAGUUCAAAAUUGCGCUAAACAAGAAGAACUAUACGGAAGUGAUGCGUAUGGUGCGUCACUCCAGACUAUGCGGGCAAGCAAUUAUCUCUUACCUUACGAAGAAGGGCUACCCGGAGAUUGCGCUGCACUUUGUCAAUGAUGAAAAAACUCGCUUCAAGCUAGCUAUUUCGUGUGGUAACCUCGAGGUUGCACUAAAUUCAGCCUACGAGCUGGAUGACAGCAAGUGCUGGUAUCAGCUGGGUGUAGAAUCGCUUCGCCAAGGUAAUAUCCAGGUAGUAGAGAUGGCCUACCAGCGCACCAAGAACUUUGAGCGCCUGAGCUUCCUCUAUCUGGUCACUGGCAACCGUGACAAGCUAAAAAAAAUGCUGAAGAUUGCCGAAGUGCGCAAUGACAUCAUGGCGCGCUUCCACAACGCGCUGUACCUUGGUGAUGUUGAGGUCCGCGUGAUGACGCUUGAGGCUGCUGGCCAAUUUGGCCUGGCUCUGCUAACAGCUGCGACUCACGGCCUUAAUGAGCACGUGGAACGCCUGCGUGCAAUGCUGCAGGAAACAAAUCCGGAUUUUGAUGUGGACGCUUUCCUAUCGCGUGAGAUGCUACCGAAUCCAACUUUGCUGUCUCCGCCGCUGUCCGUGAGCCGCUUGGAGAAUGAGAACUGGGCUCUAGUGGAGAUCAACGAGCCGACGAUUCAAGAUCACGCUAUUGCUGCUGAGAAGCGUGAAGCCGAGCGCAGUCUGCAGCCGCUACAGCAGGACGAGGGUUCAGGAGAGGCACGCCCUGCUCGCAAGUCGUCAAUGGAUUUGGCGCUAGAUGGCGUCGACGAUGCCUGGAAUACCGAUGGCGACCUUGACUUGGACGACUCGCUGACAAAUGAUGAUCAGUCGCUGGGCAUGGACUCUUCUGCCUUAGAAAACGACUUUGCUGGUCUCAGUACAGACGCUGGUUUUGUGGCAGCCCCUACUGCUGGAACAAGUCUUGCUGUGCAGUGGGUUCGCAAUUCGUCUCUGGCGGCCGACCACGCUGCUGCUGGGUCAUUCCAAACUGCGAUGCAGUUGCUCCAUCGUCAGAUUGGCGUCAUUAACUUUGGGCCUCUCAAGCCCGUUUUCCUUCAGGUUUUCUCGGGUAGUUCGACCUCAUUGCCUACGCAGGGCAACUGCCCGUCAUUGCGGGCGUGGCUGCGGCGGAACGAAGCAAACCAACCUGCUAUUGCCAUCUCAUUUGCAUCUCUUGUUGAAGACCUCAAGCAAGCUUACCGUUCAUUUACUGGUGCCAAGUUUGACGACGUGAAGACGCACUGUCAAUCGAUUUUGCACGCGAUUCCAUUCUUGACUGUGGAUUCAAAGGAAGAAGCUGAGAAGGUGAAGGGUCUGCUUACGGUUUGCCGCGAGUACUUGGUCGCUUGUCGCAUUCGUACUGAGGUAGCUGCAGUGCCUUUGGAGAGCAAUCCCAAGCGCAACAUUGAGCUGAGCGCAUACUUUACACACUGUGAACUGCAGCUACCGCAUCUGGUGCUAACGCUGAAAAUUGCGAUGACUAAUGCGUUCAAGGCGGGCAACUUUAUCUCGGCAGCGUCAUUUUGUCGGCGAUUACUGGAAAUUCCAGAGGUAUCGCAGCAUCCGCGUCACGAAAAGCUACGUCUAACCGCCCGCAAGGUGCUUCAAAAAGCGGAAAAGGAGGCUCGCAAUGAACAUGCCGUGGACUACCAGGAAUCAAAGCUGUUUGUGUUAGACGCACGCAACUUUACGCCAAUUUAUUUGGGUGAGUCGGAUGUACGCUGUCCAUACUGUGCAGCUGCAUAUCAUCUCGAGAGUCAGGGCACAAUCUGCGACGUGUGUGAGAUCUCAAAGAUUGGUGAAGAGACUAUCGGCCUUGUCGUUACUGCUGCGCAAUAA